AUGGAAUAAAAAUCUACAAAACGAAUGGUUUCAAUGGAUUCUAAUUUUGAACAUGCUGAAUUCAUAUCAGCUAGAACAGAUACUAAAUAAAGAUUAGGAGAAUUAUUUAUUCAACAUCCUACUAAAUUGGAAAGUAUUAAUAAUAUAAAUUAUACAUUAAGUGUUUGGUUUGAGAUAAGUAAGUUCUAAAAUACCUAAAUUCAAACAUCAAAAACCUUUAUUUGAAUUACCUAUGAGUGAUACUUAAAGGUCUUUAACUAAUUAGACAACUUCUAUUAUUGAUUGUAGUAAAUGUAGUUAAAGUCUUUCAAAAAUGAUCAAUAAUAAAUAUCAUCAUGAAUAAUUGAUUCUCUCUUAACCUACUUUAGUAGCUGAAGAGAAAAAAGAAUUAUAAGUGUAACCUCCAAAAAGAUUAGUUAGUCAUCAUGGCAGAUAAAAGAAUGAAUUACCUCCUAUAUUAGCUCAUCCUCAUAUUUCACCACCUCCUUACUUUCCAUAAUCUCCAAAAACAUAAAGAAAAUAAAAAACUCUUGGAAAAUUAUCAUUUGGAAGAAUCUCUAAAAAAAUUGAUCAUGAUCUUAUUUAAGGUAUUUAAUAAGAACUUCAAAAAUAAUUAAAUCAUACUCUUUAAAAAGAUUAUCCAAUUGCUAAAAUGCUUUAAAAACAUGUAUUUAUAUUUAUAAUUAAGUAAAACUUAAAAAGAUCCAAAUUAAUCUCUCUUAGCCAAGCAAUUAAGGAUUUUAAAAAAUCAGUAUCGACUGAAGAUAAGUCAAAUACUUUUGAACUAUUUAAAUUAAAAGAGAAGGAAUUAAAUUAAUUAAUAUCUGGGCAUAAUUAUGAAAUUUAUUAAACUAUUGAUGAUAUAAUAUGA